AUGCGCCCCCCGCCACCUCUCGGGCUGCGCCGCCUCGCGGGGAUGAAGCACCGGCCGUGAAGAUGGAGGUGACCUGCCUUCUACUUCUGGCGCUGAUCCCCUUCCACUGCCGGGGACAAGGAGUCUACGCUCCCGCCCAGGCUCAAAUUGUCCAUGCAGGCCAGGCGUGUGUGGUGAAGGAGGACAACAUCAGUGAGCGUGUCUACACCAUCCGGGAGGGGGACACCCUCAUGCUGCAGUGCCUCGUCACCGGGCACCCUCGGCCCCAGGUGCGCUGGACCAAGACGGCUGGCAGCGCCUCGGACAAGUUCCAGGAGACAUCGGUGUUCAACGAGACGCUGCGCAUCGAGCGCAUUGCGCGCACGCAGGGUGGCCGCUACUACUGCAAGGCCGAGAAUGGCGUGGGCGUGCCUGCCAUCAAAUCUAUCCGCGUGGACGUGCAGUACCUGGAUGAGCCCGUGCUGACGGUGCACCAGACAGUGAGUGAUGUUCGAGGCAACUUCUACCAGGAGAAGACGGUGUUCCUGCGCUGUACUGUCAACUCCAACCCGCCUGCCCGCUUCAUCUGGAAGCGGGGCUCUGACACCCUGUCUCACAGCCAGGACAAUGGGGUCGACAUCUAUGAGCCCCUCUACACCCAGGGGGAGACCAAGGUCCUGAAGCUGAAGAACCUGCGGCCCCAGGACUACGCCAGCUACACCUGCCAGGUGUCUGUACGCAACGUGUGUGGCAUCCCUGACAAGGCCAUCACCUUCCGGCUCACCAACACCACGGCACCACCAGCCCUGAAGCUGUCUGUGAAUGAAACUCUGGUGGUAAACCCGGGGGAGAAUGUGACCGUACAGUGUCUGCUGACAGGCGGUGAUCCCUUACCCCAGCUGCAGUGGUCCCAUGGGCCGGGCCCGCUGCCCCUGGGCGCUCUGGCCCAGAGUGGCACCCUCAGCAUCCCUUCAGUGCAGGCCCGGGACUCUGGCUACUACAACUGCACAGCCACCAACAACGUGGGCAACCCUGCCAAGAAGACGGUCAACCUGCUGGUGCGAUCCAUGAAGAACGCUACAUUCCAGAUCACCCCAGAUGUGAUCAAAGAGAGUGAGAACAUACAGCUGGGACAGGACCUGAAGCUGUCAUGCCACGUGGAUGCGGUACCCCAGGAGAAGGUGACCUACCAGUGGUUCAAGAACGGCAAGCCGGCACGCAUGUCCAAGAGGCUGCUGGUGACCCGAAAUGACCCUGAGUUGCCUGCAGUCACGAGCAGCCUAGAGCUCAUUGACCUGCACUUCAGCGACUAUGGCACCUACCUGUGCGUGGCUUCCUUCCCAGGGGCACCCGUGCCUGACCUCAGCGUCGAGGUCAACAUCUCCUCUGAGACAGUGCCUCCCACCAUCAGCGUGCCCAAGGGAAGGGCCGUGGUCACAGUGCGGGAGGGCUCGCCCGCUGAGCUGCAGUGCGAGGUUCGAGGCAAGCCACGGCCGCCGGUGCUCUGGUCCCGCGUGGACAAGGAGGCUGCGCUGCUGCCCUCGGGGCUGCCACUGGAGGAGACCCCGGACGGGAAGCUGCGGCUGGAGCACGUGAGCCGUGACAUGAGUGGGACCUACCGCUGCCAGACGGCUCGGUAUAAUGGUUUCAACGUGCGCCCCCGCGAGGCCCAGGUGCAGCUGAACGUGCAGUUCCCGCCGGAGGUGGAGCCCAGCUCCCAGGAUGUGCGCCAAGCGCUGGGCCGGCCCGUGCUGCUGCGCUGCUCGCUACUGCGGGGCAGCCCCCAGCGUAUCGCCUCGGCAGUGUGGCGCUUCAAAGGGCAGCUGCUGCCUCCGCCGCCUGCUGUCCCCGUCGCCGCCGAGGCCCCCGACCACUCUGAACUGCGCCUCGACGCCGUCACCCGCGACAGCAGCGGCAGCUACGAAUGCAGCAUCUCGAACGACGUGGGCUCUGCUACCUGCCUCUUUCAGGUCUCGGCCACAAGCUGUCCAAGAACUACUCCUAUGUGCUGCAGUGGACCCAGAGGGAGCCCGAUGCUGUGGACCCCCUGCUCAACUACAGACUCAGUGUCCGCCAGUCAUACCAGGGCCUGGGCCGGUGCUGUGGUGGAGGGUGUGGCCAUCUGGGCAUCUGGAAACACCCUGUAUCUGCAGCUGAAUCAGCACAACGCCAUGGUGAAGGCCAUCCCAGUGCGGCGCGUGGAGAAGGGGCAGCUGCUGGAGUACAUCCUGACUGACCUCCGUGUGCCCCACAGCUAUGAGGUCCGCCUCACGCCCUAUACCACCUUCGGGGCUGGGGACAUGGCCUCCCGCAUCAUUCACUACACAGAGCCCAUCAACUCUCCCAACCUGUCAGACAACACCUGCCACUUUGAAGAUGAGAAGAUCUGUGGUUACACCCAGGACCUGACAGACAACUUUGACUGGACACGGCAGAAUGCCCUCACCCAGAAUCCCAAGCGCUCCCCCAACACUGGUCCCCCCACUGACAUCAGUGGCACCCCUGAGGGCUACUACAUGUUCAUCGAGACAUCAAGGCCCCGGGAGCUGGGGGACCGAGCCCGUUUGGUGAGUCCCUUGUACAAUGCCAGUGCUAAGUUCUACUGCGUCUCCUUUUUCUACCACAUGUACGGGAAGCACAUCGGCUCCCUCAACCUCUUGGUGCGGUCCCGGAACAAAGGGGCCCUGGACACACACGCCUGGUCUCUCAGUGGCAAUAAGGGCAACGUGUGGCAGCAGGCGCACGUGCCCAUCAACCCCAGCGGGCCCUUCCAGAUUAUUUUUGAGGGGGUUCGAGGCUCUGGCUACCUGGGGGAUAUCGCCAUAGAUGACGUCACACUGAAGAAGGGAGAGUGUCCCCGGAAGCAGAUGGAUCCCAAUAAAGUGGUGGUGAUGCCGGGCAGUGGAGCCCCCCGCCAGCCCCACCCACAGCUCUGGGGGCCCAUGGUCAUCUUCCUCUUGGCAUUGCAGAGAUGAUGAGAGCUGCGUGGCCCCCCCACCCCGCCCCCGGCACACCAAAGUGUCCGCAUCGUACCAAAGACUGACCCCUGCCAGCCGGGGUGCCCAGGGGCAGGGCCAGCCUGCCAGGGAGGGGGCCUGCACUGGCUUCGAGGAUGAGCAGAAAACAAGGACAGAGGCCCAGCGCUGAGGCCCUGGAGACAGUCGUUCGACACACGCAUACACUCACUCACACACACACACACAGAUAUAUUAAAGCACAAGUUUCUAUCUGACCUGCCAGCACCUUCUUUUCUGCGGAGACAAAGGACUCGCCAGAAUGGCGUCCGCCACCCCAGGGACCUCAGCGCCACGUGGGCCUUGUCCUGGCUGCACCUGUGGUGUGUUUCUGACCUUCCCUCGUUCCUCAGACCAUUCAUUGGCUUUACCAGAACGGAGCCAGAAGGGGAACCGACUCAGGAGCCCACCCUUGGCUGGACUCUGGGACUCCCCGGGAUGGAGGAGGCCAGGGUCACAGGAGGCCAGGGGGUACCUGGUGAGCUCCAGCGGGCAGUGCGAGGGAGGCCAGACACCUGCUGCAUGCCCUCUGUUUUCAGGGCAAGGGCUGGAAGGUGGAGACCCCAGGUCACCUUGAUCCCUUGACCUGUUCUUGGAUGUCAUAUCCUCCCCACACUGCACCCCCUUUGAAGUGACCCAGCACAGGGUCUUGGGCCUGGGCAGUCUGAAGACUGAUACCUUCCUUCUGCCCCAUCUAACCCCACCCCACCCAUAAGGAGCUGGAUUCCUGAGAGCACAAUCCCCACCUUGGUCAGCAGGCCUAACCUUAGCACCCACCUGCCUCUCAAAGGAGUGGGGGUGGGGUGGUGGUGGUGGCCAGCCAUUCCCCGGGGUGAGGCUUGACUUUGAGAGGAGUAGAGAAGAAGGCCUGUUUUUGCGAAUUCGUGCUCUCAUGGCAUUUGGGAGUAGAGUGGAGACUUUAUUUCUUCUAUACUUGGCAUGAAGGGGUGUGCUGGAUAGGAGGAUGUGUGUAAAGGGGGUACCCUCCUCCUCCUCCACUGCAAAGCACUGGCCCUUCCCUGCCCAGGGGCAGUGAAGGAGGGGUUUGCAGAACUGGGGCAGGGAGCGGGGCAGUGGCUGGCCUCUGUGCUGCCUGGAGCUAAGCUCAUGCCUGGAACUGUGAAAAGGCUCUCUGUCCACAGGUUCUGGGUUGGGAGCCUAGAUGGGCACAGUGGAAUCUAGCCCUCUCAAUGUCACUCCUGAGAUCCUGCCCUGCCAUCCGUGGGAGAGAGGAGACCCAGCCCCUUCCAGGAUGAGUCUCCAGGCACGUGUCCAUGGAGCUGUGUGCGUGCAUGUGUGUGUGUGCGUGCGUGCGUGCGCAGGAGUGUGCCUGCCUGUCUGUGUAGCACUGUAGGUACAUCUCUGGGCAGGAGUGGGUGCCAAUGUGAGUCUGCACAUGCAAUUACACAUAUUUGUUUGUGAGGCUGGGCCUAACCCCUGGCUCAGUGCGCGCCUGUGGAUGUCAGCAUGCAUGUUCCCCUUCACGAGUGACACGGAUGUCUGCGAGUGCUGUAGCACUCUGUAGCCUACUCUGUAGCCUACUGCAGAGUAGUACUAGCCUACUCUGUAGCCAAAGCUGCCUGCCACUGCCCCACCUUUCAUCCCCUAAGGACGACAAAGAGCUUACAGAUGACCCUACUGAAAUGCAAGCACCUUUGGUGGCCCAUGUUAUAGGGCUUCGCCUGGAGCAUUCGGAGGGGACAGCUGCCAAGCAAAGGGAGCCAGGCAGUGCCAAGAGGCAGGCAGGGAACCAGUGCAAAGGCUGCCCAUCUCACUGCCCUGCCAGGGCUGUGCUAUCAUUAUCACCAACAGCUGGGGGGGUGGCUGGGCCAGGCCUGGAGCGGGGCCUUCUGAUCCUGGACCAAUCUGGCUGUCUUGCUGGCCCAUCGGAGGCCUCUCUCCAGAAUGAGUGGCUCCAGGUUCCCAGAACACACUUGCAUCCCGUCUGCUGAGUAUUGUUCCUUAAUUGUCCCAUCUGUGCAGGGUCUGUUGCCCCAACUAGACUGUGAGCUCCUCCUCUGAGCCUUCCAACCUUCUCGCCCAGCCCAUCCCAACCUCAUGCCCAGCACGAGUGGGCCUGUUAGGGAAAUCAGAGCGUGCUUUGCCCAGCAGAAUGGAUUCUAUAAAUCAGUGAUUUCCAGCCCCAGCUGUAGAAUCAAACCUCCAGAGUUUUUUUUAGAAAGCACGGAUGCUUGGUCCUACCCCCAGAGGUUUUAAUUUAAUUGGACUGGUAUGCAGCGUGGUAUCAGAAAUGUUUAAAAGCUCCUCGGAAGAAGCCAGGAAUGUGAACCAUUGACCCAUCACCUGCCAGGGGCUUCCUCUGUGCCCUUGCUGGGGUGGGUAUGGAGAUCCAGAGAGGAAUGGCACCAGGCACCUCCUCCUUGGGGCACCAAGGUCCUUGGUCCUCGUGUGUGGACCAGCGAGGUUGGUGCCUGUUUGUGUUUGUAUGUGUGUGUGCGCAGGUCUGAAGGGACUGUGGGUGUCCGUGUGUACUAACACUACCAGUGUGUGAUGGGAACUCUUAGGAUGUGCCGGUCUGUGUGUGGGAGGAUGGGGUCUGCAAGGAAGGAGAGUCUUCAUGUGUCCCAGUGUCGGUGUGUCUGUGUCUGCCUGUGAGUCAGCACCUCUGUGUCAGUGUCGGCUGUGCUGUGGGUGGUGGCAUCUGUGUGCUGGUAGGUGGCCUGUGAAGACCCCCAGCCCAGGGGAGACCAGGCUGGCUGGAUCCAGCGCAUCUCCCCCGAGGCAGUUUCGCCCUCAGGGUCAGGGUGGCUGAGGCAUUUUGUGGCCUUAAAACAGGGAGUCCGGGGUCAGCUCUCAAGGCGUUAGGGUUUAUUCACCCCUGUUGCCCCCUGUUUGCUGUCUGGGGAGACCCCUGGGGCGAGGUGCCGUACAGACAGAAGUGGGGGAGUCCCAGCUGGGUCUUGCUGCUCCUGGGACCACAGACAGGUGCCCCGGGUGCCCAGCUAAGCCUUCAGACCACGCCCCCACCUCCAGGGAUGCUCCCCCUACCUAGCCUUCUCUGGGAUACUCCGUACUUUCCUUCCCAUUUAUUCUCCUUUCUCCCUGUGCUUGGCGGAAGCCCAGGGCUCAGGCUCUCACUGCCUGAGACCAAACUGCCCCUUGUGUAAAUGAGAAAGGUGCAGGGGCGGGGGUUGGCCCAAGGUCACACACAGCCUCUUGGGGUGGAGCCAGCUUUGCAAGCCAGGUGCUCCCACCCUGGGGCGGUUACACUGUGGGCCAAUGCCUCCAGCCUGGCACCAGGGGAGUUUGGCCCAGCUGCCCUAUCUCUAGGCACUGGUACAGAUGUUAUAGAUGUUGCUGGGAAGGCUCUAGGAGCCCUUUCUGGCUUCUCAGCCCAGGCCACUGCUCCUCCCACCCCAGAUCAGACCUGAGUGCCAUGAGGACUCUGCCUCCCUGUUCCUCCACUGGCUUUAGCUACUGCCUAGGCUCCCAGGUAGAACGGACUGUUUCCCCUCCCCAACCCUCUGUCUUCACAUGAGCCUGGACUCCGCUGUCCUGGUGUCCUCAUCCUGUGGGCUUCCCUGUACGGACUAAGAGGGCUGGGGUGAGAGGGUACAAAAUCUUGUGUUUUCCUCUUCCUGAACUCAGGGGGCUUGAUGGCAUUUCCAAGAUCUGUUCCAAGAAUGAAUCUUCUCCAGGGAGUCCCUGUAGGGCCACAGAUUGAGGUUCUGGGCUCUGGGGAGCCCUCUAUACUUCCAAAGGCAAGAUAGCAUGACCCUCUCUGUUAAUCAGUGCUGUGUGAGAGUGUGUGUCUGUUAGGGUGAGGUGUGUGUGUGUGUUAUGUAUAUGUGUGAGGGUGUGUACUGGGGCAGAAGGACCACUCCUUCCUAGGGAGCCCUUAACCAUGAGAGCUGGAAGGGACCUUAGAGACCAUCUAAUACAGUGCCCCCAUGGUACAGGUGAGAAAGCUGAGGUCAGAGACAUGUCACUUGCCCACCAUCACCCCUCCCUUCUGUCACCUGCAUCCAUUUCCCAGAGGACCCACUAGAAGUGCCCUCCCUCCCGGCACCUCCCCACCACCUCCUAGCUGCCCCCAUAAUCACCUUUGCAGCUCAACUCUGCUGGUCCCUUUGCCCCAGCGGUCUCCAAGCAUCGUUCCUGCCCCAGGUGGGAGCUCACCAAGGCUCACCCAGGAGAAGGGGCAGGGGAAGGAGGGGACUGCUUCAGCCCUGAGGCCUCCCAGACUUGAGAGAAAAGCCAACACCUCCAUGCCCAGGCCCACCCCAACACCAAGGUAAAAGCACAACAGGAGACCCUCAUUUAUGGGUGAAAGGUAUUGGGGUUGUUUUAGUCACACAACCCCGUACUCACCCCUUUGCCUUGCUCUCUGUCUCCACCCCAGCCUCUGUCCCCCUUUGUCCCUCUUUCACCCCCAAACCCCUCAAAUGUAACCUCUAGUUGCGGACGCGGUUGUUUCAAUCAAUAAAGCUGCAGUGUUCUAGUG